CUGCUAAUGUGACAAGGUAGACAUUCUUUAUCGGGUAGAUAUAAAAUUUUUAGUCAUCUGACCACACUAAUAUAUGUGAACAGAUACUUGUCACAGAAGCUUGACAAAAUUAUAGAAGAUAAUCAUGUAUGACAGAAAAGUGAAACAAAAAAGUCUAAGAAUCAGAAUUCAGUUCCUCUGAAAAUACAAGCAGCCAGACUUUGUCAUACAACUUUAUUGUUUUGAGCGAGAAAUUCAUGUAUAAAUUUUGCAGCCAGCAUUUACAAGAAAAAAAAGUGAAAAAUGAGAAUGCACAGUAUAAAAAGGGGAUGUUUAUCUCAUUUACUACUUAAAACAUUUAACAAUGACAUGCUUACAAAAACACAUCAUCAUAAAUUCAUUGCCCACACUCACUCCAACAAAUCUGUUCACACCUGAACUCUCUCUCACACACACAGCCUAGCCAAGUUCUGUAGUUACAAAGGAGUAAAAUACUUCGCAUCCCUGCUUAUAUCUGAACUAUUACAUAGCUUUUUUAACUGAUAAAAAAAAAAAUGAAGUAAUCUGGCGUUAAAGUAUAUCAGAUGCAUCAUUUUCACUGCACUCUUCCUGAUUUUUAUCUCUCCUGCUAUCGCUUUGACCUUGUCCACUCUUGGCUCCGCUGCUAACGCCCACACUUAAGGCCAGCUUGCCCACUUUCAACUCACCUGUCGCAUCUCGCCAACGCGCUACGUUAACGGAUCACCGACCUGAUGUUCCACCUGCGUGUCUUUGUCUUCUGGCACACACGCCUACUAGUUUUCCUGAACUCUGCUUGUCUGACUUCCUUAGCAUCGACAUGAAAUAAAGAGCGCAAAAAUGGCUGAGCUAAGGGCAAUGGCAUCCAACCUUUUCUUGUCCAAGGGCCGCACUGGACAUGAUAAAAAAUCUUGCGGGCAAGAACAUAGCGGCUUUGCUAGAAUCGUGACACUAAAAGGAAAUCAUGUUGUGUGGUUAAAAUGAGCGGGCCGGAUGAGGCACCUUCGCGAGCAGUAGGUUGGACACCCCUGGCUUCAGGAAAGGGACAUUCAGCAAAAUUCAUCGAACAUCUGAAAACUAUACUCGCGAAAUGACAAUAUGAAAAACCCCAAAUCUACUCGCAAACCUAGUUACUGACACUGAUGUUGACAGGAUAAAGUUCCAAUCUACCGUUUUCCCGACUUGAAAAUACAACCGGGCUCAUAAAUCUGUCGGCGUAUUACACACUGGGCGUAUUUCAAGUGGUUGAACAAAUUUUAACAAUGUUAAAUAUAUCGCCACUUCUACGUCGGUGGCUGCUUGUUGCUUUUUGUUUUUAUUCCCCUUACUCUUGAGAUGACGCAGGUUAUCUCAUUCACUUCGUCCUCGCAGUUUGCAGCCGUGACAACAUUCCCCGACUCUGACUAAAAAUAAAACUUUGAAAUGGUCUGCGUUUGAUGCGAGCGUCUAUAAACUGCACGCCGCCACUAGCGUUCAGAGCUCUGAAUAUAGACACCACACCACGCUCCGCCUACAGACGCUUUGCUGUGAUGAAAUGAGAGAAAGACGUAAGCUACAAGGUUGAAUGGACUCAUCGGAUAACAUCGAGACGAUGUAACCAUCGACGUGUAUAAAAAUACAAGUUGGUGAUCAACAACAUCAAGAAGCAGACGUGAGGACGUCAGGAGACAAACUGUAACAAGUCUCAAAGGUGUACUAGUAAACGCUGCCUCGGCUAUGAUAUAAUUAAGUUAUCUUAUUACAAAUUCUUCUCAAUGAGUUAUUUGUUAUGAAAGUCAUGAAGGGAUUGCCAAUCCGAGACUUUGAUGUGAGAAUUUCACUUACAGUUUCCUGGCGGCUGAACGUCAUUAUCUGUCACGUGACACUGUGCGCCGGAAAUUUGUGUCAAAAUGGAGCUGAGCGAACCAUGGAGACGUUUUCCCUCUAGCAGCUCCAGUCUUGACUGUUGAUGCGCGCUUUGUACCUUAAAUACAUGCUUUAUUGGAAGCUAGUUAGACUUGAGGGAAUCUGGAUAGCAUUUACAUGCGUUUAGUUAGAGUAUCGUGUAGGAUUUUACACGUUUAAGGUGGGUCUUGUACUGAAGAUCGACAUCGGCUCUGUGUGAAAAUGGCGACAAUCCCUGAUGCUUGUUUGAACACUUCUUCGACUGAUGUUGCUACGUCUCCAGGAACUCCUCAUCGAGUGUACACACCUCCUACGUCUCCAAAGCUUGUAGCUAUCGGACCGAGACAUAAACUUAUUACUGAAGGAGACAUUCAAGUGUGUAGAUUAAAUCACACGCGGACCAUCGUCAGUAAGAUCGUGAAUUCCAAGUACUUGAGAAGAUGGGAGAGUCACAAAAUAGUACUGGAUCACAGCGAAAUUCGUUCAACUACGCCAGUAGGAUUCAUGGAGUCAGCAGUGCCAUAUUCCAGCAUAGAAGAUGUACAUAUAGUGUCACGAUGGGAUGCAGGCCAGAAGUUUUGCAUCCGAAUAACAAUCCAGGAUGGAUCUUUGCUUUUACAGGCCAACAAUGCUUAUUUGCGGGACCAGUGGAUGUACUCAAUUCAGUGGAAAAAACACAUGUACCGCUAUGAGAAGCUGUUGAAAAGUGCUCGCAGACCAGAGGUUUUGGUGAAAGAGAUGAAGAACAUGAUUGAUGUGUCUUUGACAACACCUAUACAAGAUGCAUCAGUCUACCAGUUUCCACUGGAUUUAGUGUCAGAGCUUCUACAACAGCAAAAUGCAGAGAUCAUCUCUAAAGAUGCUCAUGAAAGUAUAAUUGUUGCCCUAACUCCCCUGUUGGAAAAUAACCACCCCACACAGGAAAUCUGUGACUUCUUCAGCAAGCAUUGCAAGAACAGUCCACGCUCCAGCAUUGUCAUAGAAUUAUUUACACCAGUUGUACAGCGCAUACUGAAACACAAUAUGGACUUUGGCAAGUACCCUAGGAUGCGGUCCUUUGUUCAAGAGUACUUGCAGGCACUCAACUGUCAGAAUGAUGGCUUGAAGGUGGUGCAGAACUUCAUCAGGAACAUGCAUGGUCCAGCCAGCAGUUGUCCUCAUCCACGGGUUUUGCCCAACCUGGUAGCAGUGUGCUUGGCUGCAGUCUACAACCUCUAUGAAGACAAGAAGAAUGCUAUGCAAGACAACAUGGACUUACUGCAGUUUGACCCCAUCGACUGGGAAAGCAAGCUCCUUUGCUAUGUUUCCAUGAUGGAGACAAUGUCUGAAUACACAGACUGGAGAAGCACACUAGGCAGUCUUUUGCAGCCAAUACCCUUUCCAGACGAUGCGAUUGCUGAUUCGCUGUUCACGUCGAGCAUGAAGCAGACAAUACUGCGUGUGGCAGGGGACAGGGUAUGUGAAGUUCACCAGAUGGUACUUGGAAUACGGGAGGGUAAGGAGGGCUGGUUCCACCUCUACUGUCCCGGAGGCAUUGCCUGCGAUGAUGAUGGUCAGCUGUGGGGGGUCAUGCUUGAAACACUGAUUGGCUGUUGCUGCCGCCGCAAGAAGUUCCUUCAAGGCAUGACCAAGAUGAUUGGCCCAGUCAUGCUUUUGGCUUUGCGGGACAAUGUAGCUGCCAUGGAGACGUUAUGUGCUAUGUUGGAGAUGGAAGUGAUUGAUAAUCAAGACCUAAAGAUGCAAAUGAUAACCACGCUACAGUCAACCUGUGAGGGCAAGCGUAUGUAUACGGACCUCUGUAAUCGUCAGAUCGCUUUACGGGAGUUGAAAGGUGGCCCUAAAAAACUGACGCUCCCUUCCAAAUCCACAGACAACGACUUGGCAAAAAUGCUUAGUUCUGGUUCUUUUGGCAACCUUGAGUGCCUGAGUCUGGCCUUUACCCAGGUGACUUCAGCCUGUGCACAUGAGCUCAUUAAACUACCUUCACUUCGCUAUCUGAACUUGUGGUCCACCCAGUUUGGUGACACAGGACUGCAGCUUAUCUCUGAGCACCUGCAGAAACUACAGGUGUUGAACCUCUGUGAGACACCUGUCACAGAUAAAGGUCUUAUCAGUCUUUCAGGCCUGAAACACCUGCGGAAGCUAAACCUCAACAGUACAAGCCUCUCUGCCCUCACCUUUGAAGGGCUCAAGGAGAAGCUGCCAGCUCUGCAGGAAUGUGAUGUACGCUACACAGAUGCCUGGUGACCCUGUCUGCUCAGCACAGCCUUGACCCUUUACCCUGCCAGGGGGCAAGGGUCAUCUGCCAUAGAAGCCUUGAAUGUGCCUGAGAGAGGCCAGCUCUGUGGGGAAGGUGGGAGGGAUCAUCUGCCUCUCUUCUCUCCACCCACAUGUUUUAUUCAGCAGGUGGGAAAAACCUGUUCCUCUUGCACCAUAGCCUGUCACGAGUUGGUCUUCUGAACUGGAUGGCUGGGAGAAUGUUUUAUACUUGGAUACCGUCACCUGGGAGGACUUUUCUCUUGGUAGCUAAUACCGUAUUUGUCUCUGUGGUUUCAGGCCUUUUUAGUUGGUCAAGUCACAUGGUCUGUCAUCUUGUGUAUGGCUGUAGGUGUAGGUUUAUUCUCCUGCAUGCAUGGACCACUUUCCAGUAGCUAUAUGAAGCGACAAGCUUUUGGUGAACUGGGCGGCCACAUGUACAUGGUGUGUUGUUUAUGCCAACAAGCAACUGAGCAAAGAUACACUCUUCUUAUUCCCAGUGAGAUUAUUUUUUGAAAUUGAUGUACAGUUGUCAUUGGUCUGUCGUCAUUUGGUUGCCAUCAGUGUCAUUGAAUACUGAUGCAUCAGCAGUGUCACUGAAUACUUACACAUUAGCAUGGGAAUCAAAGCCACUUUGUUUGGCCUCUGAAUGCUGCAGAGGAAGACUGUAGGUAAAAGAUAGAGCAGAAAGGAGCACAGCAUUGCAAGAAGACAUUAGCUGCUGCUUAAAAAAAGUGAAAGAAGUAUCAUACAAUAUAAAAGUAGGAGUAUAAAAUGCUUUGAAAUGAAGUCAUGAAUGUUUAUGGACACCGUCUGAAAAGAAAUUAAGUCUGGUUUUAGGGCUUCAUACUUGCUACAUAUACAUGAGAGGUGUAUGUGAUGUUUGGUUGUAAGACCUGUUAGAUUUACAUAAUUGAAGUUUGGGUUUUCACAGUUGCUGCAUCCUUAAUAGUUCUUUGAGCAUCAAGCUGCGGAACUCAGACACUGAUGACGUUAUUCUGAUAGGUGACAGAAACAACACAGUAAUGACGCAUGUGGCAGUCUGUGAUGGGAUGCAGCCCUGCUGGCUGCCAUGCCCUCUCUGUCAGUGCUUGAUGGUGAUGUAGUACUUCAUUUGAGGAAGUCAUUAUCAUGUGAGUGGAAGACUGUGAAGUAAGGAUGACAGGUGACACAGCUUUUCCACCAAAUACCCACCUGGGUAGCAGGGUACAACAACCAAAGAAAGUCUACUACAAUAUGUUGUCAGGUGUGAAGUUCCAUUUCAUGACUACUGGGAGAUCUGUCUGCACUUUGUGAAGUGCACUUAAACAUUUUUUACUGCUUUGCAUCCUGGCCCACCUAAAGUCUUGCCUUGCACUUACCUCAAAAGGGAUAAAGGUCAUUAAAUAGCUGGUUAGUCACAAAUGACAGCAGAACACUUUGUGUUGCACUUAUAGUGGAGUAGUGUCAGGGCUUCUUGAGACCUCACAGGCCUGAUAUGCUGAAUAGGAAAGCAGACGUUGCUUGGGGGUUUUUUUUGGGUUUUUUUUUAAGCAUAAAUACAAAAAGAGAGGGCUGCACAGGGCAAGAUUUGUAACAUUGGUCACACAGUACCAAGGCUUGGUGUGCUGCUGGUUAGCAUGCAAGUGAAGACAAAAUGGAAUAUUUUCUUGUUCAGAAUAAAUCUCAUGAUUUUGUUUAGUAAUGCAAAUAAAGAGAAACAGGCCACCAAAGAGCAAGAUAGUGACACCUACUUUCAUGUAACAUGGUCUAGUGUGUUAUCCACAGAAGCAGACUGGAAGGUGGAAGGACCUUUUUGUUUGUGUAGGUAGAGUGGUGAUGGAUUUUUGUUUUGCUUCUUUUGUAUAAAAUAUAUAUAUUUAUUAUAUGUGCGCACUUUCUUGUGCUUGUUUUUUGUACUGCCUUGUGAUGCGCAUACACCUGCACAUAGGCACACACAGUGAAAGACUUACUUCAUUAUAGUGCAAUCAAAUUUGUCACAUUUCUGAUUUCGUGUCAUCACGAGAGACUGGAGGGGCAGAUAUCUUGGAGAGUCAGGCUCAGUAAUAUUGAGAACCAGCAGGUCUCAUGUUUGAGCUGUAGGGCAGAGUGCAACACAUGUCAGCAGCAUCUGCCUAAGUGGUUGUGGAGGAAAGUAUGCACUGAAGCAGGAGCAAUGCCUGGCCAUGUUUGUUGGGAGCAUUUAUGGACGCCAGUGGCCCAACACUACCAUCCCUGUAUCAGUGCUUGUGCAUCAUGUGGUUUAGUAUGGCAGACUCAGCAUUCUGCUUUGUGUGACCAUUAGACAGCAUGUUUGCUGUGCAUCCAUACCUAGCCUCUUGUCACCUGUCCACCUCUUGACCAGGAGUGGCUAGCUCCUCUGCAGUGCAUCAUCAUAGAAGGUACGCUCACAUACGAACUGGGGCAUUGUGCUAUGUGUCAAAAGAGUGUGCAUCAUAAAUACUGACAUUUCAGAAAAAUCCUGAGACUGAUGUUGCUACUGUGGCUGUGUAGUCAGGAUGGCAAGUGCUGCAAUAUAGUCUUGACAGCCAUUAUGGGUGUCACCCCAUUUGCAAGGACAGAGUGUCUACCAUAGCUUGGAAUCGGUGUACAACACUUGGCAGGAGAUACAGGCUGUGGCCUCAGUGCAAUGUGGAGUUUAGUCACAAACCACAAAGAUUUGUGGGAGUUCAACACAUUUUCACAAUGUGUGAAUGUGCCUGUACUAUUGCCAGCACGUGGGGGCAGCGCUGUGCAAAGAGACAGCUGAUUUCUUUAUUUGUCAACACUGCAUCAUGCACUUCUUUAUUUUUGUUACUUUUUUUAAGGUGCUUUGUAUUUGAUGUUCUCCACUGGUUGAGUGAGUUGAUGACAAGAGUUUGUCUUGUAUGCACAGUUUGAGAGAGAAAGAUGCAACCCUGUACAUUUCAUAGUCAGAUCAAUCAUUGCUAAGUCAUAUUGCAGCAGACCAGACAGUGCUAUUUCAGAUAACACUAACAUUGCUGGUUAGCUUAAGUUAUGCCCAACUUAAUGUCAGUGCUAACUUAAUUUACACAAGACCAAAUGUUACUAGUUAACAAAGACGACACCAGACUUAUUAAUGCUGGACUCCAGCUGGCUUGUUCACAUUAUGCCAGACCGCAGUGUUCAUUUCCUUACAUCUUUGUAAGUAUAUCUUUGCCUAUAUCUUCAUCACUGAAUGUGUUUAUGUACACAAACUGUUUGCAUUUCCACAUGUUUGCUUUUCAUGAUGUCUGAUUCCCUUUUUCUCAGUCAGUCCUACUGUAAGCAUCAGAGUUGGUACAUAAGCCCUUUCUGUGCCAGUUUUUUCCUGUUGACCUAAGUGUCUCUGUGUUACCUUGAUUUAUUUCUUUCUCCUGAUGUCUGCAUUUCUGUUUGUAAUAAAGAAGGUGCUUUGGUGCAUAGCUAUCCAUGAUUACCUGUCCUUAGAGUGGCACUGUUACUGUCAGUGAGAGGCUUGCUUUCUACCACUGUUUGCCUACAAUUAGCAUUGUUUCUUUUAAAUAAUACAGCCGCUCUCUCUUGCUUGGACAAAAUUUCUUUUAUUUUUGUUCUUUGGGUGUCAGCCUUUUGAAGCAGUAUUUUUCUACAGCCAUGAAUCUGUUUAGCAUUUAAUACCAGUCAGUGCCAGGUCUUAAGGUAUAAAUCACACCAUCAUCAGCAUGCAUCAUGCCUUUUACCACUACAGUCUCUUGCUGCAGUCACAACACUAGGAGCAAACAUUCUCCAUUUCUACCACAACAGUCAGGACACUAGUGACAAGCAUCUCUGUUUCUACCACUGCAGUCAGAACAUUAGGGGCACACAUCUCCCACAUCUACCGUAAGAGAAAAAUUUACCAGGUGGAGUCAGAAGAUAAAUGACUUGGGGGACCAGAAGGUCAUGUUAGACAUUGAAAUGAAAGCAAAUAUUUAGUCAUUGCUUAUUUAGAUGUCAUUGACUCAAUUUUACAUGUAUAAAUGCAUGGCAUUAAUAUUUAAUGCUGUUUAUUGACAUCAAGGAUCAAGAACAUGAUAGUAUUAACACAUGUAUAUUGAUGGGGAAUUUUUUUUUCCUAAAAGUUGAUUAAAAAACCCUAAUAAUUGUAUUAUAUAACCCCUUGCAGAAGACUGAAUGACUACCAUUUACUGACAGAUGAGGUGAAAUGUGUUCCGGUUGUAUCACUGGAUCUCGUAGCUUUGGUUCUUGAUCAGUUGUAUCUUUGGCAAGUUUCAGUUUUGGUCCAAUGUAUUGGAAGUGCUGUUUUGACGCUUAUUGAACCUAGAGGGCGUGAGCUAAGUGUUUAGGCCUGUAGACUUUUAAGUUGAUGAGUGCAGGUAAACUGGACUGGAUAUUGAUUGUCAGAGAUGGUAUGUAUGUGUAAUUGUGUGUGUAUGUUCAUGCAUGUGCAUGUGUGCAUUUACAAACACAUGUAUAUAAUUUUAAGCUUUUUUUCCAAAUUGCUAUCACUUGUAUAUUGUUUAUUCACUUGACAUUACCGUGUUUGUAAUACAGUAUCUACUUCGUUUGUGAUUCUGUUUAUUUGCAAUAUAUCUUCUAUAUGCUGUGAUCGUCCAUUGAUGCCAAUAUUUUAGAAAAUGCCACCAUAAAAUAGUUCUUAAAAUGAUUUGGUGAAAUCUGUGGUCUUGCAUUUGUAAGGGGUUUUAUUUUUGUUUUUUGUUUUUUGGGAGGGUAGGGGUUAGUGGUGUGCCUGUCAUUUCAUUGCGUCUUAGCAUUUGGUUAUGUCAGCAACAAAAAAAAAGUACAGUUUCUUAAGCUUCACUUUGGAUGUUGUAAAUGGUUCUUUUUUUUUUUUUUUUUUUAUUGUCAUAGCUGCGUGGACCACUCAGAUUGCAGAUCUAUUUUCCUUGAAGCCAGUGAUGAUGUCACUGUCCUGGUUGUGCCACCCAGACAUUUGUGUGUUGCACUUGAAUGAAUACUUGUCUUCAUCUUGGAUUUAUCCACAAAAAGAUUUUUCUUUUUCUUGACUUUAGUGUAUGAUGUCUCUGUGCUAAUCUUCUGGCUACUUGAAUGUAGUAGUCACUUGGACUUGGUCUUACAUUGGUCCAUCUGAACCUUGGCUGUGUAUGUGUCUUGUCCCAGCAGAGAGAGAGUGUGUGUGUGUGCCGUCUAUAUGUCUAGUUUCCUCUUAGGAAAUCCCAUCAUACCAUCCCCCCAAUACCCCAUCUUCAACCAAGCAUUGUGUUUAUAAUCGCUCAUUAUAUGAACCCUACCCAUGUGUUUGAGGCCAGCAACCAAGGUCAUGCAGUGUGUAACAUUGUCUUUUGUGUGUAGCCUGGUGUCCAGUGAUUGCAGUCACUCAGCACAAUGUGCUGAUAGACCACAUCAAAGUUAAAUGUUGGUGUGCGAUGGUCAUGAUAUUUAUUUCAGUCCUUUGCUGGACUGGCAGAAUGAAUGAAAGUUAAUUAUUGUUUAAGGGUUUUGUUAACAACACACUGCUUUAUAACAAUAUUUGAUGUUAUAGAAUAGGUAACUUUGCCAGCAUGUUCACCAGCCUGAAAACCGAUGAAGCGAAUUUUCAGUAACUUGAAAUUGCUACAGUUAUUUGUGAUUUGUGUGUCCCUGUAAACUGGUUUAGCUUAUAGUGUGAUUGUGUUGUCAGGUGAGCACAGCGAUCAAGACAGCUGUUCCUUCAUCUUGAUGUGUGUUUGUCUUGCAGACUGUCUAUAGUUCUUCACUGUUGUGCAACCAUCAUUGUUUAGCCUUCAUGCCUCUAAAGUCUUUUGAUGAUAAAAACCAAACAAUGACAGUAGUUAGAUGUUUAAAGAAAGCUCAGUAAUCGAUGACCAUUCUAGUCCAUUUUUUUUACUGCAGUCUGCACAAAGUUGACAGCUGAGGUAGGUGUAAUAGCUGCAAGAGUCACCAGUGAAUCAAAAUUGUAAUGUUGGAGACCUUGUAUUGUACUAAAGCAGUCUAACUCCAUGUAACAUCACUCGCUAUCACCAUGUCUAAAACAACUUGUCUAGAAAUGAAUGCAGACUGUUAUUAAAAAGGUUUUCACAGUUCCCAGCAUGUCUGCAUUUCAUAAAAACCUGCCUACAGUGUUUGUGUGAACAUGCAAGCUGUCAGUUUGGCUACAGUAUCUCUGUUGAUAAUCUGGAUAAUACAUGAUUCAGUCUUAGAACUAAGGAAGGCUCUUGGUCCACUAAAAGGUAUUUGCUUUAACUUCCUGACAGAUAUAUCGCAUCAAAGGUUUGUAUUGUGAAGGCUCUUGUCGUGUACUUGCCUUUCUCUCAAAGCAUAUCUAAACUUUUUUUUUAUUUUCUUUAUUACUCUGUCUUUUAUACAUUUCAUUACUUCUCUAUUGCAAUCGUCAUCUUUAUGGUGGAAAUCCCAAAGUAGCUCAUUUAUUUCCAAGACAUCUCCAGCGUAGCAGAUCUCCAUACGUGUUUCUUGGUUGUUAUCAGUCACUUGUAAUGGGAUUUGUUUUACUUUCAUCUGUGUCCUUGCUGUAAGAAAAAGGUGUCUGCACUUGUGUGUACACAGGUGGCUUCUCCCUUGUGAAGGACUAGAUUCUGUUUGGCACGGGGUUUUUUAUCCCCCCUCCCCACCUCAGUAGGACUUUUCAGGUCAGACUUAGCUCAAUUUGUACGGAUGCAUGGCUAGAUGACAUUGGGGUUUUUUUCGUGGUAAAAUCAAAGCCCUGAUAAGUUUCUACACGUCUCAGAUACCAUACACUCACUGCUUGGGCCAUAAUUAAGACCCUAGAAGUCCAUCUUUUCCAGGAUUUACUGUACCUCCAUUCAAUAUUUACAGCUCUAACAAUCUGCAACCAUAGAGAAGACAGGAACCUCAACAUUGUCAGUCACCCUCCUAGGUCCAUACGUAUGCAACUGCAGAAAUCUACUUUGCUACUGGUUCCCAGCUAACCCUGGAGUAAGACCACCUUAGUGUUGUGUUUAUGGCUCAUGGUCAUCAUCCAGUGCAUGUGUUCUAGUUCUUGCAUUGCAUAUCUUGGUUGUACUCAUUGUCUUGAGAACAUCCUGUUUCUCAUUUACCAUUUUUGUUGAGCUCUUAUUUUGGUGAAGAAAUGUAUUUCUUAAGUGGAUUUAGCAUCAUGAUGCUGCUACACUAAAGACUUUCUUGGGAAAAGCAAGAAUAUUUCACAAACAAGCAACAGAGGAGGGGUCUAAUAAGAAUACUUGAUCAUGGAUCUCCUGCUAUAGUUCUGCUCAGCUAAAAUAUCUCUUCCUAAUGUCUGGCAGUGUGGAAGUUGGUAAGGGGUAGGGUGAGUAUAAAAGAACCAGAAACUUUAUGACCUGAUAGAUUUGGUUAGAUGAGAAAGCACAAAUUUCAUCGUGAAGCCAGCAUGUGUGAUCCUUAUCUCACAGCUUGUCAGGAACUUGAGAUCAGCUGACUAGUGGAAUAAUGCUUUUCUGACGAGAGGGACUAACAGCCCUAGUUAACUGACUAGCAGUUGUUAUGCAAAGCAAGCACCAGACCUACUGGAGUAAGAUGGAUACCUUGGUGUACCAGGUCAUCAGUGUCUUGAACAUCUUUACCCUGUAAGUUUUCCUUACUGCCAUUCAGCCAUGUUCUUUUUGAGAGAGGUACUUCAUUUUUGUUGGUUUUGCUACUGCCAAAAGUUUUGCAUUUUUGUAGCAAGCCCUGAGGCACUUAGUUAUUUAGCAUGGCCAGCCAGAGGCAUCUUUGCUGUGGUUCUCAGGUUUGAUGACGAAGUGAGUGUAACUCAUUCCCCAAGGAAGUCAAGGGCAAACUUCUUGCCUCCAUAUUCUCAUGCAGUGUCCAGGCUCUAUAUUGCUUUUCCCUGGGGCCAUUGUUAUAAAGCAAAAAGAUGCCCUGGAGUGAAGGAACAUAAAACGAUAUCUGAACAUCCCUUCAUAAUUAGGAAGACAGAAAACUUGCCCUUAAUAUCCCAAGUUUUGCACCCCAUGCAGUGAUCUAUCUCUUUACAACUACUGCCAUUGGAGAUUACUUGUUGAAUGACAAAAUAGACACAAAUUUGAUAAACAUCACACAGAAAUCCAUGAUUUUCUCUCAUUGUUUAUUUCAAGACAGGUGAUGAACACCUUGUACACUAGAAAUGUAGGAAACAUUGUUCUUGUGAGCUGAGCCUUUAAAGACAGAGGCAUUACUUAGAAGUCACCUGCCCAUCCCCUCCAAAUUUAUGUCAUCUUGGCUAAGGUCGCUACUGGUGUCUGCAGACCCCACCAUUGAGCCCCACAGACAGAUGAUUUGUUUUCGUGUAUGUCACUGUGAAGCCAGCAAGGAAUGCAUAAUAGCAUGUUCACAACUUGUGGCAGAGCAGGGCAUGGCGGGCUGGUGUGGUUCACUGGUACCAGUUCUAGCCAGGGGCUUACUACUGUUCUUCUGGAGAUGAUUCUUAAGACCUUUCAUAAACAUUACUAUUUGGGUGUGUUUUUGUUCUCCACAUUUUAUGCACUAGUCAACUUUCUUAUGUUGACAAACAAAAUCAAAGACACAUUGAGUUUUUUUUUCAAUGAUUUUUUUUUUUUGUGCUCUCAAACCAAAAGGGCUUCAACCUGUCAUCAGGUUUUGUGCAUCUACUCACAUUGACCUAGACUGCCUACAAACAUUUCAAUAUUGUUGAGAUAAAUCCUUUCAGAUGCACAUGCUGACCUGAUGGUAAAGAAAGUCAAUUAACAAUAAGCAGUUAUGUGUGAGACCCAGGUGGCUUUGGAAAGGUUGGCUCCCUUUUGAUUUGAAGAAAUAAGUGUCGACAGUUUACUUAUUCUGUGCUGACAUUGUCCAGUCUGCCUGGAGCAGACACUUGUUGUUAUGUAUUGUCCAGUCUUUUGUCUUGUGGAGAUUGGCACUUCCUGAUUUUACUGGCUCUUAACAACUUGAUAGCCAAUAAAGGUAAAAGUUGAUGUUCA